ACAGUUCAGAGAGCCUUACACCUAAAAGAAGAAGAGCAUGCAGUCGAUAAGAGAUUUGUGUGUGUUAGAAAAUCGUUUGUUUAGUUGGUUGUAGUUCUGAGACAUGGAGAUUUGGCAGAAUGCCGAGGGUGAAACUCUCAAGUAUAAGCCGGGGGGUCGUUUGGACAUGACCCAUGGUUUCCUGCACCACAUUCGGAGAAACCAAAUCGCCAGGGAUGAUUAUGACAAAGAGGUGAAACAGGCGAAGGAACGGCAGAAGCGCAGACACACAGCGACCCCGCGGCGCCCACGAAGACCAGACCGAGAGGUGUACCAUCCUCGCCAUCGAAAUGGUUCUGAGCCCGGGACCGGUGUAGAAAUUGAAGAAUGGAACGAGAGCAGCUCCAGUACAGAGCAAGAGAGCACAGGAAGCAAACUGUUCUGGCUUGACUACCAAGCCGACAAUGGCCAUGUAACAUCAUUCAUUGUAUACAAGGAGGAUGAGCCAGAGAGUGUGGUCGAACGUGUGGAGGAAAAGAACGUUUUAGACUCGGCUAUGAGGACGGUGCUGCUGGCACGAAUCGGGCAAGAAAUGGAUAAGCGGCGUGACAAACGCUGAGGUUCGAAGGCGAAGCCAUGAUGGAUUAGAAUAAAGACUGGUCAAGUCUGAGGAGCAUUCACACUACUGAGCCUGACUUCCGUUGUUGGUGCAGUUGAGUAGGAUAGCACUGAGAUUGCAGCAUUAGAUGUUUCAUGCUGCCAUUAUUCAGCCUGCCAUGAGACAGCCUCUCACUUUGGAUGUGUUUAUGCUGAAAUCCAAAGAGAAAAUGAGGAAGUUAUACAAUGAAUAUGGGCACCUCUGUAAUGUAGAGAAUCUCAUAUCUUACAUGAGAUGAGUUGUAAUGUGUUGCUAGAGUGAUACAAGUGAUGGGAAACACUCUCAUAACAGGCAGUGGUUGGCAGAGAGGAUCUCUGGGCAAAAAUUAAACCUCACUAGCACUCCAAUAAGCAGUCUCAUCUCAACCAGUUGAGGGCCUGCAGAAUGAGUAUGAAACCUGAUCUUGUUCUUAAGCAGUUAAUCAUCAUGACUGAAAAUAACUGGAUAUAUGUAAUGUUUUGUACAAUUUAUUGGACAGAACAGGGGACAGUCUUUGUUUGAAAUGUCUAGAUCAGGAUCAGAUGCAAAAAAAAAAGAAUCUACUGUUAUUUAAAAACCAUUAGUUAUGGGUCUAAACACAUGAAGCUGUCAUGUGGUGUAUACCAUUUCUCACCAUAGAACAAUAGCUCAGCAGAAAAGGAAAUAUACACAGUUUUCCUCUUGCCCCUAUUCCAGUCUAUCAGCCAAGAAGUCAUGUCAGAAGUUUUUUUAUUUUGCUUCAUGAUGAGGUGAGAUUCACCAAGACUCAUAGCUUCUGUGCAGAAUUGCAGAGGAAAAGGAAAAAAGUGUAGACUUUUUUGAUGAACUAUUGCUUUAAUGUUCUGAAAUAACUGUCUUGCAUCAGAAAAAAUGUAAAAUGGUUUGGGAGGACUGAUCGGAUAACUUGUCUGUUGUCAUUGAAUGGGUGAUAUUUGUUUCACUAAAGAUAUCAGUUAAGUGUAAUGGUGAGUUUAAGGUAGGAAUAAAUUUAAUUGGACGAUUUCAAUAGCAUAAUAACCUUUUUCUUUUUCAUCAUGUCUCCUUUUGGCUGUUUUGAGGUUUUUUAUUUUUGUAACCAUGUUCUCUGUACAAAAGAUAUAAAGGAUGUUAAAGAAUCA